GUUAUCGGUCGAUUCGAUUUUCUUGAACAGAUGACUAAGCGCAGACCGUCGCCUGCUAUGACUGUCACGAGAGGCACUGCACUCGUAGUUAACCAUAAGAAAAUCAGACACUCGAAGAGAUGCGAAUCCCGCAAACCGAAGAAAGCCAAGAAAGUGAGCGAAGCCCCUAAAGCGCAGCAACUACUGGUCCCAUCCAAUGACUCGUCUAAUGAUUAUGGGUCGAAUGCUACAGCCAGCCCACCACCCAGCCACAACACUGUACAUGUCCCUGAGGAAUCAGUAGGUACUACGGACGAUGUGGAUGAGGAUGUAGGUUGCCAUAGCAACAACAGGUUGACACACCCACCCACCACCGCCACACAAAGACCACACACUCAACAGUGGGAUGCAGACGCACCGGAACAGUCGGCAGCCGAUGGGGCGCACACGCGGGCGUACAUAUGUAUCAGCGAAUCAGAUGAUGGAACAUAUAUCCACCCACACAGCCCACCACCACUACGAUUAGAUAAUGGAACGUACAUCCACCCACACAGCCCACCACCACCACUACUCACAGCUGCGGUGAAGAUGUCCAGAAGAGAUGCGCGGGACAGGUAUGUAGGCGUGCGCCCUAGUGCAGUCAGUGAAGGUAGGCACGAGUGUGAAGGGGUGGGUACAGACGAGCUGGUAAAGAAUGGGGGGGAUUCGCCUGGGGCCGUUAUACCGACAAUCAGGCGCUCUAAGGCCAGAUACAUGGCCUCUGCCGCACACCUCAAUGUGCACAAACCAAAGGUCAUACCAACGAUCAAUCGGUCACGGGCUAGAUACAAGCAUGGCACUGUAAGGCACGUCCGUCUCAGUGUGUGUAGUGAGACAUGCACGAGAGAAGACGGGUGUCCGAAGCACCAGGGUGCACACGGACACGAACCCCAGAGUGUGUUAGAGAGUGUGGGGAGUAGCGCUGCGUCUGUGUCAGACGGGAAGGUGUGCAUUCCACGAGUGCCUCCGCGUAGCACGACCAGUAAGUCAGUCAUCGACGUCACGUCUGUGGAUGACGGCUAUGCGCAUGCGGACACAGCCGAUGUGCGCCAGAGCUCUACCGACGAUACUUAUCAACUCACAACACGCACACAGCACUCGACAACAGAUACCGCCGCAGCUGGCACGGGUGACUGUCCACAAGUGUCCCAUUCUCCCGAAUUACAGCCCACCGAGGACGUCUGUAUUGGAGACUGGGGCGCAGACAUGGGAUUCUCAAUCGGCGACGACGAUGAUGCUGCGUUUGCGCUACGGAGUGAGGAGUCUUUCCCACAGCCAACCACAGCCCGAGGUAGUGCGACGGUGUCUGGCGUUGGUUUGUUUGGUGAGCAGGAUAGAGCCUAUGUGGAGAGGAUAGCGGACAGACCACUCACGACACCACCUCCACUGGUAGCGAAUGUGGGCAACGCAGCCACACCCGCGCACGCACACGCACACGCACACGCACACGCACACGCACACACGCAGUCACAAGACACUACAGCGAGUGCUGAGGACGCUGGCAGGCUCAAACGGCCGGCGCAAGGAAUCGGCAAGGUAAAACGCUCCAAGCGACAGCGAUUGGGCUCAGCACCGCACAACACCGAGGGAACAGGCGGGGGAGUGGGUGGCAGCACUGAGGCGGGUGACGCAUGCAUGGUCGUGUGCACGUGGCCGGGGUGUGGGACUGUGGCAGCCGAUCGAGACGAGCUACUGCGGCAUCUGUGCGAGCACACGGACGGGCUGUGGGCUGGGUGUACUGCCCCGUGGUGCAAGGAGGUGUGCACCAGCAACGAGGCACUCGAGAGGCACGUCCGCACACACUACAAGCGCACACCGUACGUGUGCCUGUGGCAGGGGUGCACGGCCUUGUUCGACUGUGUGAAGGCGGUUAUAGGCCACGCACAGGCACACACGGGUGAGACGCCGUUUGCGUGUUCGUGGCGUGGCUGUGACAGUGUGGCGGUGAGCUCCGAUAAUCUGCUGACGCACAUGACUACGCACUGUGGGCUGCGCUCGUUCAUGUGUACACACGGCGGAUGUGGUGCGUGCUACGCCGACAAGGACGCUCUGACACAGCACCAGAGCACACACCGCAGAGGCCUCGACUGCAAAUGGGACGGGUGUGGGGCUACCCUCCGCAGCGAUCGGCAGCUCAUACGCCACAUGCGAGUGCACACGGGUGAGUGCCCAUAUGUGUGCACGUGGGAGGGGUGUGACCAGAGCUUUGCAAAACGCAAACGCCUGGCCAAGCACCUGCGGCUACACACCGAGUUGCCCGACUCAGCACAGAUCAAAGUAGAAUCCUCCACCCCCACUGGUGCUGGUGUGUGCCCUAACAACUCCCAUGGCCCACUGUCGGGUGCUGGUAUGGGUACGGUUGUAGGUGAGAGCCCUGCGACCACCGCACAGACUGCCCCAGUCCGACUACAACAGCCACAGGACAGGACAGGCGCGCCCGUCCAGCAACCGUCAACUGCACCCGAAAUAUCUGGGGGGACCGGUGUGGUGUCUAGGGCCAACGCCCACCUUUGUGCGUGGAGUGGCUGUGGUGUGCGUGUGACGAGUGAGAAAGCGCUGCGACGCCAUCUGACAGAAUUUCAUGUGCGUGUGCCGUGUCCGUACCCUAACUGCGCACAUACAUGCUACAGACACGAGGUAUUCAAGCACGCGCAGGCGACACACUAUCGCGACCGCCGUACCAAGGUGUACCAAUGCGCGUGGGGUUCGUGUGCUAGCAAAAGCAGACCACUGCGUGCAGUGCUGAAGCAUAUGAGAACACACAUCAGGCAUGUCAUCUACUCAUGCUCCUGGGAAGGGUGCAGUUUCAACGGUGCUGCUCUCGUACGCAUCAAACGGCACAUGAUGAGAGAUCACCAAGCACACUCUACCCUCCUUCCCACAGCCACACAUAGCCACACAGUCCAUGCCACUGCCGGUGGUGUGUGCACACAACAACCCAAGCGUGCCAAAACCACAGCAGCUGAUAGCCCUUGGCGGGCCUGUGCAUUUGUGGGCUGUGGUGUGACCGAGGACAACGUACGCCUUAUGAGGAAACACCUGCGUGCUCAUGUAGCACCCCCCAUCCAUUGCCCCUUUGGCGACUGUGGUGUGCUGCUUUCGUCGGAGCUUCCCCUGAAACGGCAUGUUCGCGCGCACAUUUCCGGCGGUGUGUAUGUGUGUUCAUGGUCGGUUGGGUGCGAUGCCGAGAAGAGUGAGGCGAAGGCUUGUGGUGUGCAGCUUCGGGGUGCGAACAAUCUGUUACUGCAUAUGCGCAGGCACACGGAUGAUAGUGUGUUUAGGUGCACGUGGCCUGGUUGUGAUCAAUCGCAAACCUUACAGUUUGACACAGUGCAACAUAUGAUGAACCGGCACCUCGCAAGUAUCUCAAGCGUCUUCACAUGCACUGUGGACGAGUGCGGAGAGGAAUUCGGUUCGAAGAAGGCACGCCGAAAGCAUAUUACAAACAAACACACUCCAGAUGUCAAACAUGCAUGAUUGUAGGAAAGUAUUAAAGACAAACACACUCCAUUUGACAGUUAUAAAGACAAACACACCCCAGAUGUCAAACGUGCAUCAUUAAGGGGAAUUAGUAGAGACAAAC